CCAAACAAAAAUGGCGGACGAAUCAAACGGACUAGAGAACUCCCCCAGCCCUCUUCGGCCUCAUUCUGCCGACAGUGAUGUCCUUGGAUGUCACAGUCCCUUCAAGAGAGUGAUGUCUCUUCCUGAUGGUUCUCCAAGGAGGUCUCAGCAGCAAGUUCCACAGAUCUCAUCUCCAGUCCGUUCUGACUCUCCUUGGCGUACAUGGUCACCAUCAAGAACAAGACAAGGAGCGUAUGCUGGAUUUGCAUCACCAUUGGGCCGUCUACCAUGGGCCAGUCAGAAUCUGUCCAAGUCUCUGGGAGGAGGGAUGCGGCAAGGAGACCAGUUUGGUACUCCAUCUUACCCCUCGCCCCUGGACAGGAUACGAACAGGAAAGAGAGAGAAGGCAGCCCAAGUUGGCUUAAGUCAGUCGCUCAAUGCCUCAGUGGAUCUCAACAAGUCCUUGCCAGCAACGUUUGAAGUCAAACCAAAAAAGGAGGAAUGUUCAGUCAAGGAACCUGUGUGUACUCUGGACAAGUUCAAAGGUGAUGGCUUGGAUACAUUCAGCUUCUCAGCUGGUCUGUCCAAGGGAAGCUUUGCUCCGUCCCCUACCCCUCAACUCAACAUGUCCCUUGGUCAGUCAUGGUCCUUCUACAACUUUGUUGGAGGUGGUCAAAUGGGGGCGUCCUUCCCUAAUACUGUGCGGAAUCCUAACAAGGCUAUCUUGACAGUUGAAGCAAAGACUACAAAGAUCCUUGUUGCCAAUGAAAUGGCUUGUGAGUUGUUCUGCUACAGUGCCAAGGAACUGGUUAGCAUGAAGAUGUCGAGUUUAUUAUCUGUCAACGAUCGCAAACAACCUGAGGUGCUGUGUGAGCAACACCUGGACAGUAAUGGGGAAGUUGUCAUGGUGUCUGGCAAAGUGUUUGAUGCAGUUGACAGCAACGGUCUGGUCAUUCCCGUCUCUCUUUGGAUGAAGAAACUCACAUCAGAUGACAACCCUCGAUGUCUUGUCGUCAUGGAACCAGUAGAAAGAAGUUCUGCCCACUUCUCCUUUGAUAGCAAGGGUCACGUUGUUGAAGCAGACCAUCAGUUUGCAUAUCUCUAUGGUUACCCCUCCAGCACGGACGUGAUUGGUUUACACAUCAAGCAGUUGAUUCCAUCCAUUCUUCUACCUCCCUCUGGUACAAGACUUCCAAAGGAAGUCAAGAAACAACGAAUCACUGGGCGGACCAAGGAUGGGAUAAGCUUUCCCAUGAGUCUUCUGAUCAAAAGUCAGACUCCCGCUUCUAUCCCAGAAGAAGGCGAAAAUGGAACGGAGGAAAAGCUUCUAGAAGGAGAAGAUCAAUACAAGGCAGUUGGAAUGACCUACCAAACCAGUGUCUGGGUCUUCACUAACAUCAGCGGCAUGAUUUCAUUCCAUCAAGACGGUUCCAUUCAUAGCGUCAACAACAACUUCUCGCUCAUGCUGACUGGCUACUCACAGCAAGAACUGGUUGGGGAGCACAUUACUAGUCUCAUGCCAGAUUUCUAUGAACAUUUGGAUCUGAUUGAUGAAGGCUCCAUGCCUCUACCACCGUUUGAUGAUGAGGAUGAUGAGUUUAUUCCUUACCCUAGUCGUCCAUCAUCAGAACCGUUGAUACGUCCUGACAGUUGGCAAUCGCAUCCAGAUAAUGUUCUGCGUCAAGUCUCCUUAGAUCCAAGUGCCUUGACCUCCUCAGCCUACAAUCCCAUGGCAGCUCAGUUUCAGGAUGCUCAUCGAGCAAAAGAAGAGAAUGCAACCAACUUAGCCAAGUCAUCAUUGAGUGAAAGCUGUGAGUCUGAUACAGGAAGGAUGUCAACUGAAGGGAAAGGAGGCGUCAGGGAUCUCAUACUGCCUGAUCUGGUCUUAGACAGACCAUCAACAGCUGAUCUCAUCAAUGAAGCAGACAGGAUCUUCAAGACUAUUGACGGGAUGAGUCUUAAGGACAUCCAUCGAUCUGAGAGUGCUUCCACUAACGAGCUUCUUGAGAAUGUCCCUACAGUGAUUGAAGAAUGCGAGUCAGAUGACAGUAACCAAAGUCCUCACAGGUUUUUAGGAGUGUCACCCCCUGGCAGUAGCCACGCUAGUAUGGAAGUAAAUUUCAGUGGAACUCCUGACGGUCUCAGCGAUAUCUCCUCCCUUGGAUUUGAGUCUUCGGAACGAGGCAGCAUCAGUGAAGACAUCCUCGUAGGCGAAGACUUCUUUAAGAAAAGGAACGCAAACUCCGACUUGACAACGCAGAGGGUCUGCAAUCUCACAGCACAGAAGCUACGAGAGCACAUUCUCUCAGAGGAAAGGUUGCGAGUGACAGCAUGGGAUGAGGCAGAUGAAGAUGAGUUGAAGAACAAAGAAGAAGCAGAUGAGGAGAAACAACCUGAGAGUGAUGGUGGAGAGUCAAGAGGGGCUACUCAAAGAAAAGAAGAUGCUAGCACCCCUGCAACCAUUGAGGCAGAUACUAAACAAAGCUCUGAAGAAAGUACUGAAAAUACCAAGAAAACCCCAGACUGCAUCACUGACAACCAAAUUCCUGAUGACAAACGACUUCAAGAUCAGGAAAAGGUGCCAGAAGAAAAUGCAAGUACAGUUGUGCCUCCAUUAAGGAACUUAGCAAGGAGGAGUGUUGACUCAUUAUCAGACUCAGAUCCUCAGAGUCCAUCACGAUGCGAUGAUGGUUCAUCAAUUCAUAGUGAGGAAGAGGUUUUAACAGCUAGGCGAGUAAGCACAGGUUCCUCAGGAGGGCAAUCCAAACCGAAAAUCAGCUCCAAACUCUUAGAGAAAAGUGUCAGUUUUGAUGAAGGACAUUCAGAGAUAAGCUCCGAUAAAAGGACACUUGGGAACAGGGUGGACUCCACACCGCCGGGAGUGCCCAAGGAAGCGUGGAGCUUCACUGAAGAAGAAUCAGUCAAUCCUGUCAACAACAACAAUGUAAACAUAAACAACAGCAACAUUCAGUCAGAUAGAACACCAGCGAGACUGCCGUACCAGGAGAGUAUCGAGAGAGCAUUGGGUCUAGCGACAUCAACUCCAGGUGAUAAGUACAUGAGGCAGACGUCGCUACCUCCGAUACCUGAGGGAAGUUUUACAGGUCAAUGCAAGCACAGAGAUGGUUCUUAUCUUGGUAUUAUUUUCCAAAUCAAGUGUGUAGAGCUAGACGACAAUCGCACCCUUUACUGUAUGUGGAUAUCUCGUGAUCCCUCGGAUCCUGGAGAAGGAGGCCGUUGUACAUCCAACCUGACACUAGCAUCCAGUUUUAGUAGCACCUUCAAUGCAUCCAUCAGCGCACUCAGCCUUGGAGAGGUAGUUGCAGCCAAAGCCACUAAUCAGAGCACAUCCUCGUGUUCAGAAGAUGAAGACAUCAGUCUCAGCAGAGGUCCUUAUGAAGAGAAAUACACAACGUUACUAUCCAUCGGUAAAGGAGCAUUUGGCUUCGUCAAAAUGGCCACCAGAAAGCAAGAUGGAACAUUGGUGAUUGUCAAGUUUAUCCGCAAAGCCAAGAUUCUGAAGGAGAAUUGGGUGACUGAUGAAGAGUUCGGUCGAGUUCCAUUGGAGGUUGCUAUGCUACUCCGAUUCAAUCAUCCAAACAUUGUCAAGGUCCUCGACUUCACAGAGAAUGAAGACUUCUUCCAGAUGAUCAUGGAGAAACAUGGUUCGGGUAUCGAUCUAUUUGAGUUCAUCGAUCGUCAGCCUAUUCUGGACGAGGCUCUGGCUAGCUACAUGUUCAGACAGGUUGUUUCUGCUGUUGCCUUUCUCCAUGACAAGAAUAUUCUGCAUCGAGACAUCAAAGAUGAGAAUUUAAUCAUAGAUGAGCGAUUCCACAUCAAACUGAUUGACUUUGGUUCCGCGGCUUACAUGGCGCCAGGCAAACUGUUUGGUACGUUCUGUGGGACGCUGGAGUAUUGCUCCCCUGAGGUGCUGCUGGGCAACAAGUACAAAGGUCCUGAGUUGGAGAUGUGGGCCAUUGGAGUCACCUUGUACACACUCAUAUUCCAGGAGAAUCCAUUCUACGAUGCGGAGGAGAUCAUACAGUCCAUCCUCAAGCCUCCCUUUGGAGUUUCCAAUGAUUUGAUGCAGCUGAUAGCAUGGUUACUCCACCCGGAACCGGAAUGGCGAUGUACGCUGCGUGAUAUGCAGAAUCAUCACUGGAUAACGCAGCCAAUUGAUAUGUCCAAGUAUUCGUGGGAAAGCGUGUUACCACCAGAAGGUCGUAGGAGUGCAACUUCCGGCAGCUUCGAAGAUUGUGAUGCCCCCCUGGAGGAAGAAGAGAAUGAUUCUGAUCGUGACAUCAUGUUAAGCAGUGAGCUGUUGAAAUGCCUGGGUGUAGCAGACUAAGGAGAUUAAGAGACUACUGUAGAGGAGUGUUGCAAUGUAUUGGUCCCCUAGACUGGCAGAGGAAGAGCCAGAUAUUUCAUAUUCAUGUAAUACUAAUGCUAGUGAGCUGUUGAAAUGCCAGGUGAAUCAUAACAGGAAAAUGAAAAUAGUCAUGACACAAAGUUGUCUUGACAAAAAGAGCCAAAACAAGACAGCAUUGUAACUUUCAUAGGGUGGUUUCGUGUGUGAAUUUUCUUGAAAUUCAUACGACAAGGUUUAGAAAACAUGCAGAGGGGACAAAGACAAUCGUGAAAACACAAUUUGUUUAUUUAUUCAGAGUCCAUAUACAUGUAAGUUAUGGACAAUUUGAAAUUUUUCUGAUUUAUUUUCUUAAGGUUUAAAUACGAUUUUUAGGGAUUUCAAAUCCCAGUGUGCUGUGACUUAAAACAUUGACUGAAAAAGGUCUCUUUUCCUGUUUUUAAAAAGGAAACAUUUUGUGUGUAAUAAGGUAACAUUUACAAUACCUCUUUGUCCAAUUUAUUUAAAUUAUUUGUUGACAACUUUUCUAUAAAAUGCUGUUGGAUGAAGCUUAUCAAUUGACCUUAUGACUAUGAAACAAUUCCUACUGUUGGUCAUUCCCUAUUUUGUUGGCAAGAUAAGUUUUAGAAGGAUUUUUUUGUUAUAGGGUGUCUUUCUGUUCAUUUUAAAAGGCAAUGAACAUAUUCCAUGAUUUGUGGCACAUAGUAAUGAGUAACCAUUUAAAAGCAUUAUAUCUUAAAAACCAAAGCUAAACAAAAUUGAAACAAGAUGUUAAGUUAAUGAAAUUAUAUUUUGAAGUACGCAUAUAUUUCAAGUGUGUAUUUGAAUAGCACCGUUCUUGUACAUAAAAGUGUGUGUUUGUGUGCCAAAGGUGAGCUUUUUUUGUGGGUCAGACAAAGCUGUCGUCCCUUAAUCUUCACAGGAUUUGAAAUAUUUCUGUAAAUAUUUGGUUAAUUUAUUCUGAGGGUGUGAACUUAAAAAGAAAACUUGACUUUGCAAGAACUUGUCUUUUUAAUGAGAGUAUUUAUUGUACAGAGAUUUCAAGAACACUUUUUGCACAGGACGUCAUUCUGAAUAUAAAGUAUUGAUAUGUAAAUAUCUUAUGUAAUCUUUUGGUCGUGUUUUUAGAUGUUUAUGUGGAUAAGUAUCAAUUUACUUUGCCUAUUUGUUCAUUCAUAGAUAUUUUAUCCAGGCAGUAAUGUAUUGACAGAUGAUGCUUGGUAAGGUAUGUAAAACCAUACAUUUGCUGGUUGUGUGUAUCAACAUUUUAUUUGUGGAAUGACGAACAUUUGUACAUUAAUUCAUCAAAUUUUGAGAAAUUUUCUCUGUGUGGCAACAGGUCAAAUUCUUGAUGAAAUAAUCAAGAUGUUAUCUUAACCAUUGAGGGCUCCUUUGCGCAUUUAUUAACUGAAAUGGACAACCCUCAUCAAAGAUAACAAUAAAAUAACUAAAUCGAAUUUCUCCUAAUUGAAGGAAAAUACUUAACAUGAAGGUUGCUCCGUAAAACGAUUUUGGGAGAAUAUUUUGUUAGUAGACUUUGGAACUACUUGUGAAUUUUGAGUGUUGAGUUUGUGUGUGACCCCACCACUAAGAAACAAGAUUGUGUAAUAUAUUGGUCAACCAAUGUGACUUUAUUCAUAUUUGUGUGUGGAUCCAAACAAUGCAAGGUGUAGGAUGAACUUCAAGAGUGAAUAUUUCCAAGGAAUUUAUUUUGUGCUAAUUCCCAAUCCUCUUUUAAGUGUAUGAAAACUAAUUGACAUCCCUUUUUGGUUAAUUUUACUGAAAGUGCUCUUCCUUAAACAUUUAAAUUUCUCCAUGCUUUUCCAGACAACUGAGGGCGCUCUUGCUGUGAUGUCAUUUCACCAAAGCACUAUUCAUAUUGGAUGUUUUUUCUGUUGAAUUGUGAACCCAAAAAUGUACUCAUUGAAAACAUUUGUGAGAAAAGUUUGCUCAUUGGCUUACUGCCAUGAAUCGACACAACAAAUUACUUAAAGAAAAGAAAGUUUACGACAGCAAAAUAUCCAAAAUUCUGCCAACUUUUUGUGCAUAAACCAAACUACCCUCGAAAAUGGCAAAAUGAAAAUUGAAAAUAAUGUUAAAUGCAACAAAAAAGUGCAUUUAUAAAAAUAGCAUUAAAAAAUAACAUUUCAUGGGCCUUUCGGUAAUAUACUUCAAGAAAUUUGUACCAAAAAAAAAAAAAUUCAAUUACAUGAAGGUGUGGUGAUGUGGAAAAAUCUGCGUGCAUUUGCAGCUUUUUAACAUUUUGGGUUUUGAUUCAUAAUUACUUUAUUGGUUACCAUGGUUUGUAUGGAAUGGAAGCGAAGGGAUAUUUCUGUUCAAUAUCUGCACUUGGACCAUCAGCAUCAGCAACAUUGCCAGCAUUGUAGUAAUGUCUCAUUUGUUGCAGUGUGGAUUGCAUAAAAGUUUGAAACUAACAACUAUCAUUACGAACAACUUCCUUCAAUAAUCUCAAGCAAUGACACUCCUUACACGUGUCCAGACUUAGUUGAAUAUAAUAAUUUUAAGAUUAUUUUAGAAUUAUUUAUUUUACUACGGCACAAUUGGUUCAGUACAGCAACACAACAGACCUCUCACUUGCAACAUUAAAUGAAGUAUUUCCUCAAUGUUUGGUUUAUUCAAUACAUUUUAAAUUGUUUGUAAUAUGUCACUUAAAGGUUACAAUUCCUGUAAAUGAUGCCGAGUUGGAGUUAAAAAUUGAUGACAGCA